AUGCCGCUACUGAAAUUGACAAUGGGCACUUUCGGACAGCUACGCACUUUUGCGACGUCACCAGCUCUAGGGAAAAGGCUGAAGACUUUUGCGGUCUACCGCUGGAACCCUGACGAGCCCGAUAAGAAGCCCUACACGCAGAACUAUGAAGUAGAUUUAGACGACUGUGCACCGAUGGUUCUGGAUGCAUUACUUAAAAUUAAAAACGAGAUAGACCCGACCCUGACGUUUAGGCGUUCGUGUCGCGAGGGCGUGUGCGGCUCUUGCGCCAUGAACAUUGACGGUAUCAACACCCUCGCAUGUAUCAGCCACAUCGACACUAAUUGCUCGAAGCCCGCCAAGAUUUAUCCAUUACCACACAUGUACGUGGUUAAAGAUCUCGUGCCUGAUCUCACGAAUUUCUAUCGUCAAUAUCAAUCUAUAGAGCCAUGGCUUCAGCGCGACAAGGAACCUACUAAAGGUAAGGAGACACAGCUGCUUCAGGAUGUUGAGGAUCGUGCUAAGCUUGAUGGACUCUACGAAUGUGUACUUUGUGCUUGCUGCUCAACCAGCUGUCCAUCUUACUGGUGGAACGGUGACAAGUAUCUCGGCCCCGCUGUCCUAAUGCAGGCUUACAGAUGGAUCAUUGACUCCCGUGAUGAUGCCACUGAUAAGCGUCUCUCUAAACUUAAGGAUACAUACUCUGUAUAUCGUUGUCACACCAUCAUGAAUUGUACACGAACAUGCCCUAAGGGCUUGAACCCUGGCCGUGCUAUUGCCCAAAUUAAAACUCUGUUAUCAGGAAUUGUAAAGAAGCAGCCUCCGAUCAUGGACCCUGCUGGCCUUGAGAAGCAAUCUGCACAUAAUUAA